UGUUCUAUACUACACACACACACGUGUUACGUAUCGCGUGUAUACACAUAUAUAUACACGGACGCUCUCGCGAUACAUAAGCAAUUGCAGCUACGCACCUUUUCACAUUCCGAAAGAUUCGACCAACCGAACACACGUCGGUACGAGGCACGGCUGCUCAACUGUGAUCUUUAGAGGCUGUUUACAUUUCCGUACAUCUAAUAAAAUGUCUACCCUCAUGGAUCCGGAGCUGUUCAAGACGUUCGCGUUUUGGGGUAGCGUGCUCGCCGUGAAAUUGAUCUCAAUGGCAGGUCUGACUGCGCGCAUGAGGUAUAAAAACAAGGUGUUCGCCAAUCCGGAAGAUGCCAAGGGGUUCAAAGGAUCGAAAGUUGCUCUCAAUGAUCCCGACGUGGAACGUGUUCGCAGAGCACACUUGAACGAUUUGGAGAACAUUCCUAUAUGGUACAUCGUCACGUUCCUGUGGCUGACCACAGGACCUUCCGUCAAGAUAGCUACGAUUUUGAUCAGGACAUUCGUGCUGGCCAGAAUCGCUCAUACAGUGUCGUACGCUAUUUUCCCUAAGCAACCGCACAGAGCGUUAGCUUAUUUCAUGGGCUUAGGCAUCACCAUCUAUGAAACGAUCUGUACGUUGGUCUAUUACUUGUAAUUAGGAUUACUUUCUUUUGUAAAGAUACACUUUUUCUGUAUAUUUUAUACGUUUACUGUAUCCGUUAAUAAAUAGAGUAUAGAUUUUCUUAAGUAGAAAUAAAACGAUGAUAAAUAAUGA